CACCAUCGAUGGCAAAGGAUGUGGAACAAGGCGAUCCAAAAGUCACGUCGCCUGCGGAUGAUUGGACAUCAGUCCUCCUUCUUUCAGGUGCCUGGGCCUGCGCCUUCUCCAUUUUCUCCUCGGCGGUUGCAACGCUGUCCUUGGCAGUUGAUGCCUCUGCGCCCAACGGCCUGGAGACAUUGCCGUUGUCCUUGGCACUCAUUUUGCAAGGUGUGGCCAAUCUGGUUUUGCCCAUCUGCAAGCGGAAACUCGGCCUGAAGGGCACCUAUUUCUUGGGAGCUUCCGUGGGCAUCGUGGCUUGCGGCCUGCUGGUGCUGGGCUGUUUCCUCGGGGAUUUCAGCACCCAAUGCAUUGGAAGCGCUUUGCUUGGUUUCAGCUUGAGCUUUGCUCAGAACUAUCGCUUUGUGUCAGUCUUGUUACUACCUUCGAACCCAGCCAGUGCCGUGUCUGCGGUCCUCUUCGGAGGAGUUCUGGGAUCCCUACUGGGACCAGGUGCUUUAGCGCAGGCAAAGGAUCUAUUGGAAGUGCCCUUCGCUGGAAUCUACCUGCUUGGUGGAUGUGUCUUCGUAGUGAGUCUCGUCCUCAUCGCCUGCGUGAAGUUCCCCCCGGUGGUUUCUUCCGCGGGAAGCAGCGACGCUGAAGCGCCACGUGCUCUGUGCCGCAUCUUGCGACAGCCCAGCUGUUUCGCAGCGAUCUUGACGAUGGCUUCAUCCUAUAGCAUUAUGCUUCUACUCAUGGCUCCCACGCCUGUGGUGAUGCAACAGUACUACAACCAUGGCUACGUGCCCACAACUUUGACCAUGAUGGGACACAUGUUCUGCAUGUUUGCUCCCUCACCUUUGACUGGCAAGUUGGUGAGUCGCUUCGGAAGCUUGAAGGUGAUUCAGUCUGGCCUCAUCUUAGCUUGCGCCACGGCCAUCAUUCUUUGGCUCGAAAACGAGCUUUGGGCCUUCAUGGUGGCGAUGGGUCUCCUGGGCUUCACCUGGAACUUCAUGUUCUUGGGAGGCACAGUGUUGCUGAAUUCCUGCUUGAAAGCCACGGAGUCCCUGAAAGUGGUGGCAGCUGCAGAUUGCACGGUUUUCCUCACUGCGGCAGCCUUCACUGUACUGUCGAUGCCGCUGGUGUCCAACAUAGGCUGGCCAGAGACGCAAAUUGCCACAAUGAGCAUGGCAGUUGCAGUGGCGCUGUGUUUGGGCGUUGCUGCGGCCGUGAGGGAUGUGUGAUGUGGGCCGCGCUGUGCUGAAGGUGGUAAGUGAACCAUUCAGAAACACCCCCUGGGAUCCCUGGGUUCUGAAUGGAUGCCGGCUAGACGGCUAGACCUUGAUGUUGAGAAUCAGCAAACCUUACAUGAAAUGAAGAUUUGAGAUCUCAUUUCGUUGCCAAGUGCAUCCCCGGAUCGUACAAGGGUACGACGCCGGUGGCCAGUAAAGAAUGACCAAGAUCUGCACCAGUUGCUGAUGCAAUCUAAAUGGGGUCGCUGAAAAUCA